AUGAUCAAAAGAUGUUCUGUUCAAAUUUAUCAAUAUAGAACUGUCAAUUACUCCCGGGGUUCGAUUUUGCUGAUCAAUUGGUUACAUACCCAGAGUACUUCUUCUUCGUCAACAACAACAUCAUCAUCAUCGACUGGAGAAGGGGUAUUUCCUAAAUCAGUUUCGUCUUUUUCAUUAUAUGAUAAUCUACAAGAACCACGAAUUCAUGAGAAUGAUAGUACAUUUUUUGCUCAUUCCACUACUCCAUAUUCCGACAAGUAUUAUCAACCUAUAAUUACUCAAGGUGCUAAAGGAUUUGACAAAUUAAUUAUACCGAAAGAUUUCCAGGCACAUAAUCAAGAACUUUCUAAAGAGGAUGAAGUGUCAGUUAAUCAAGAGCAAUUACAAGGUAUUGUUAAAUCAUUUACGGCACCAAUAGAUGUAUCAAUUGGUUAUGGAUCAGGAAUAUUACCUCAAGAUGGAUAUGAACAGCAAGAAAAACAAGAGAAUACUUCAAAACAGUUGGACUUUAUAUUUGUAGUGGAGAAUACAACACAAUUUCAUAAAGAGAAUGUUCAUCAAAAUCCAAAGCAUUAUUCAAGCAAAUCAUUGAGUAUAAUUAAGCAAAUACAGGGUAAAGAUGGGAUUUAUUUCAAUCCAUUUGUAAAAGUUAAUGAGAAAUUAAUUAAAUAUGGGGUGGUUUCUAAAAAAUCUGCAUUGUUAGAUUUGAGUGAAUGGCAUUCUUUAUAUUUUGCAGGAAGAUUGCAAAAACCUGUUAAUUUUAUAAUUGAUAAUGAUCCAAUGAUGAAAUUUUUAAAUCAAUAUAAUUUAAAAAAUGCUAUGACAAUUGCAAUUUUUUUAAUUAAUUCUCCCCAAUUUACUGAACGUGAAUUGUAUGAACAAAUAACAAAAUUGUCAUAUCUUGGAGAUUUUCGAAUGUAUAUUGGAGGCGAAAAUCCGAAUAAAGCCAAAAAUAUUGUAUCUAAACAAUUUCAUCAUUUUAAGAAAUUAUACGAGCCCAUAUUGAAGCAUUUUAUUCAUAAGAAUUACUUGAUAAUUUUAGAUAAUGAUUCAGUGAAUCGUACAUUCAAAACCAAUUUGAAUCCAAAUAGUAGAAUAAGGUUGAUUAGCUGUCUACCAUUGAAAUUCAGACAACAAUUAUAUGGAAGAUAUUAUGAGAAGUCAAUCAAAGAAAUUGUUAAAGAUGACAAAUUGGCAAUGAAUUUGACGAAAAUCAUAAGUAGAACAAUUAUAAUAAGUUCUAUCAAACAAGGCAUAAGAGGAUUUUUAACUGCUGGAUUAUGGAAUUCAAUUAAAUAUGCAAUUGCAAAACAAUUGAAGUAUUGGAAAAGCAAGUAA